GGCCCUGCUUCCAGCCUCCUCUGCACCGGACCCAUGCAGCUGCUCAGGGUCCUCUGCCUCCUCUGGAUGCUCAGGGUCUCCCUGGGGGCCACAGGGCAGUGCUACAAUGGGACCACUUGGAACGGAGAAGAAUGUGCCUGUCCCCAAGGCUACUUUGGUUACCAGUGUCAGUCCCUCUUGGAAAACAUCCCCAUAGAAAUCCCGGAAAAAAUCAAUGCCACUGUAGGACUGAGAGUGAAAGUAACUAACAGAAAUUUCACAGAAGACCUAAAUAACAUAUCCUCCCAUGCAUAUCUGGAUUUUGUUCAACUAUUCAAGAGUCAGAUGGAUAAAGUUUACAGGGACAAAGACUUUCCACAAUACAGAGGCGUGAUCAUUAGGAAACUACUCAAAGGCAGCAUCGUGGUGGAACAUGAAGUCAUCAUGGAGGCAGACUUCACUUCAGAGUUUCAGGAGCUGUUUGCAAACCUCACUAAGAUCAUAAAGGCCAAGAUUAUGAAUGAGACCGGAAAGCUACCCAGUAAUUCUGAAGUGUGCAAAAACAUCUCAUACCUGUGCUACAAUAAGGAGGACACCUUCGUGAAUGAGACUGUGAAGCUCGGCUUUGACCUGCAAGAGCAAUGCACUCAGAAUGCUGCAAAGGAAUUCGCCCAGUUCUACUAUGUGGAUGAUCUGGAUGGGAAGCUGGCCUGUGUGACCAAGUGCACCCCGGGGACGAAGUCACAAAUGAACUGUCACCACGGCAGGUGCCAGCUUCAGCAAAGUGGCCCCCGUUGCCUGUGCCUGAACUCGGACACGCAAUGGUACUGGGGAGAAAGCUGUGAAUUUAGCACCAGCAAGAGCAUGGUGUAUGGGAUCGUAGGGACCGUGGUGGUGCUACUGGUGGUCUCGGUGGUGGUCCUGACCAUCUUACUCAUCCAUUUCCGGAGAAAACUGCACAGAAGGCAAGAGUACAACCUGUCUCGAGACUGGCAAGAAGAAGAUGUCCUUGUCAACUUCCAGAGCACCGGCGUCUGGGAAGGUCAGAAUCUGCAGGGGGACACGUUUGCCCUUGAAAAUGUCUACAGACACUUCCAGCCUUCCCUGCAGAACGUGGACCCCACCACAGAGCUCCACAUUCAGAGGCCCACGGUGGUGACAACUGCUCAGUGA